ACCGGGCCUCGGCCGACGGACAGCGGCGGCUCCGCAGAGGCGCCGGACUGCGGGAGCGCCCGAGUCGCGAGCUCGCGGGGGACGGCGAGAACUGCGCGUGCAGCGAGGAGAACGCAGGCGGCGGCGACGGCGGGCGGGCCUCGUGGGCGCAGCUCGGCCCGCACCGAACUACCAGAGGCGGCUACCGGCCUCUGCUGCACCGAGAGCGGCGAGCCCCCAGUGCCGCCUGUCCGUGCCCUCCCCCUCCGGCCCCUCCCUCCCUCCCUCCCGGCGCAACAUGGCUGCGGCCGCCGCCUCCGCCUCCCAGGACGAGCUGAAUUCUUUAUACAAUUGCAUAUGUACGAGUGGAUGAACACACCAUUGGUGAUCCAGAGGAUUUUUGUCAAGACUGGAUAAACCAUGUAUCACAUUGAUUGUAGAGAUCAGCUUGAACGAGUCUUUUUACGACUUGGCCAUGCUGAAACAGAUGAACAAUUACAGAAUAUUAUAUCUAAAUUCCUUCCUCCUGUUUUGCUCAAGCUGUCCAGCACCCAAGAAGGAGUACGUAAAAAGGUAAUGGAACUGUUGGUCCAUCUGAAUAAGCGUAUAAAAAGCCGCCCCAAGAUACAGCUCCCAGUAGAGACACUCUUGGUUCAGUACCAGGACCCUGCUGCAGUUUCCUUUGUCACAAAUUUUACUAUAAUUUAUGUUAAGAUGGGCUAUCCUCGCCUACCAGUGGAAAAACAAUGUGAGCUGGCUCCUACACUUCUUACUGCCAUGGAAGGGAAGCCUCAGCCCCAGCAGGACAGCUUAAUGCAUCUUUUAAUACCAACCCUUUUUCACAUGAAAUACCCUGUUGAAUCAUCAAAAUCAGCUUCUCCGUUUAACCUUGCUGAGAAACCAAAGACUGUGCAGCUGCUUUUGGACUUCAUGCUAGAUGUCCUUUUGAUGCCUUAUGGAUAUGUGUUAAAUGAAUCUCAGAGUCGCCAAAAUUCAUCUUCAGCACAGGGUUCUUCUUCAAAUAGUGGGGGAGGUUCUGGAAUACCACAGCCUCCCCCAGGAAUGAGCUUUUAUGCAGCUAAACGAGUUAUUGGAGAUAACCCAUGGACACCUGAACAGUUGGAACAGUGCAAAUUGGGUAUAGUGAAAUUCAUAGAAGCUGAGCAGGUGCCUGAGCUCGAAGCUGUUCUCCACCUGGUGAUUGCUUCUAGUGACACACGCCACAGUGUAGCCACAGCAGCGGACCUGGAGUUGAAAAGCAAGCAAAGCUUGAUUGACUGGAAUAAUCCUGCCAUCAUUAAUAAGAUGUACAAGGUAUACCUUGGAGAUAUACCACUGAAGACAAAAGAGGGAGCAGUUCUGAAGCCAGAGCUGAAAAGGGACCCAGUCAGUACGAGGGUUAAGUUAAAGAUUGUCCCCCACCUCCUUCGUUCUAGACAAGCUGCUGAAACGUUCCCGGCUAACAUUCAGGUGGUGUAUGAUGGACUCUUUGGUACAAAUACAAAUUCAAAAUUAAGAACAUUAUCCCUACAAUUUGUGCAUCACAUUUGUGUAACCUGUCCAGAAAUCAAGAUUAAGCCAUUAGGUCCAAUGCUUUUGAAUGGCCUCACCAAGCUAAUCAAUGAAUAUAAAGAAGACCCUAAGCUACUGUCAAUGGCAUAUUCAGCUGUGGGAAAACUCUCCAGUCGAAUGCCCCAUUUAUUCACUAAGGAUAUAGCUCUUGUGCAGCAGCUUUUUGAAGCCCUAUGUAAGGAAGAGCCCGAGACGCGACUCGCUAUUCAAGAAGCACUAUCCAUGAUGGUUGGAGCUUAUAGUACUUUGGAAGGAGCACAGCGGACUCUCAUGGAGGCACUUGUGGCUUCAUACUUAAUAAAGCCUGAAGUUCAAGUUCGACAAGUGGCUGUGAAAUUUGCCAGCACGGUGUUUCCCUCAGAUCAUAUACCAUCCAGAUAUUUGCUCUUAUUAGCUGCAGGAGAUCCACGAGAGGAAGUUCAUGGAGAGGCACAACGAGUUUUAAGGUGUCUUCCUGGUAGAAACAGAAAAGAAAGUGCUUCUAAGCAGAUGCCAUCUUUCCCAGAAAUGGUAUAUUAUAUCCAGGAAAAGGCUUCCCAUCGAAUGAAAACGCCAGCCAAGUACAUGACUGGGACCACUGUCCUUCCAUUUAACCCCGCAGCCUUUGGAGAGAUAGUCCUGUACUUGCGCAUGUGCCUGGCUCACAGUGCGGGAGUGGUGCCCACCUCUCAGAGUUUGGCUGAUAUGCAAGAUCACGCCCCAGCCAUUGGACGCUAUAUACGGACUUUAAUGUCGGGCAGCCAGGCUACACCCUCCUCGUCUUCUUCCAAGAGUGGGGAAACCAACCCUGUUCAGAUCUACAUCGGCCUGCUUCAGCAGCUGUUAGCAGGUGUUGGAGGUUUGCCAGUCAUGUACUGUCUAUUGGAAGCUGUCUCAGUGUAUCCAGAAAAGCUGGCUACCAAAUUUGUAGACAAAACCGAAUGGAUAAAGAGUCUGAUGAAUAGCAGUAAAGAAGAGAUGCGUGAACUGGCAGCAUUGUUUUAUUCUGUGGUGGUAUCUACGGUGUCAGGAAACGAGUUGAAGUCAAUGAUAGAACAGCUUAUAAAGACUACAAAAGACAAUCAUAGCCCGGAGAUACAGCACGGAUCCUUGCUUGCAUUGGGAUUCACAGUAGGAAGAUAUUUGGCUAAGAAGAAAAUGAAAAUGGCAGAGCAGCAAGAUGUGGAGACAAAUGCUGAUUUUCUGCCCGAACAAGAAGAACUCAUUCAGAGUGCCACAGAAACUAUCGGCUCAUUUUUGGACAGUACCUCACCCCUCCUGGCAAUUGCUGCCUGUACAGCCCUGGGUGAAAUUGGCAGAAAUGGUCCACUCCCAAUCCCCAGUGAGGGAUCUGGCUUUACUAAGUUGCAUCUUGUGGAAAGCCUGCUAAAUAGAAUACCCUCCAGUAAAGAAACAAAUAAGAUGAAAGAAAGAGCUAUCCAAACACUGGGAUAUUUUCCAGUUGGGGAUGGAGAUUUUCCUCACCAGAAACUCCUCUUGCAAGGUCUGAUGGAUUCUGUGGAGGCCAAGCAGAUAGAGCUUCAGUUCACUAUCGGUGAAGCCAUCACCAGUGCUGCGAUAGGAACUAGUUCUGUGGCCGCCCGGGAUGCCUGGCUGGUGGCUGAAGAAGAAUAUACGCCCCCUGCCGGAGCUAAAGUUAAUGAUGUGGUCCCCUGGGUGUUGGAUGUGAUUUUAAAUAAACAUAUCAUCAGCUCCAACCCACAUGUGAGGCAAGCAGCCUGCAUCUGGCUCCUUUCCCUUGUGAGGAAGCUAAGUACCCAUAAAGAAGUGAAGUCUCAUCUUAAAGAAAUUCAGAGUGCAUUUGUUUCUGUUUUGUCAGAAAAUGAUGAACUUAGCCAAGAUGUUGCCUCAAAAGGCCUUGGGUUGGUGUAUGAACUGGGCGAUGAACAAGAUCAACAGGAGUUGGUUUCUACUCUCGUAGAAACACUGAUGACUGGCAAAAGAGCUAAGCAUGAAGUUUCUGGAGAGACAGUGGUGUUUCAAGGAGGAGGCCUUGGCAAAACCCCUGAUGGCCAGGGCCUCUCUACUUACAAGGAGCUUUGUUCUUUGGCAAGUGAUCUUAGUCAGCCGGAUCUGGUGUAUAAAUUUAUGAAUCUAGCCAACCAUCACGCAAUGUGGAACUCUAGGAAGGGUGCUGCUUUUGGUUUUAAUGUAAUUGCUACCAGAGCUGGAGAGCAGCUAGCUCCUUUCCUGCCUCAACUAGUUCCUCGUCUUUAUCGUUAUCAGUUUGAUCCCAACCUUGGUAUUCGACAGGCCAUGACAAGUAUUUGGAAUGCACUGGUCACUGACAAGUCAAUGGUGGAUAAAUAUUUGAAGGAAAUACUUCAAGAUUUGGUUAAGAAUCUAACCAGCAAUAUGUGGCGAGUUCGAGAAUCCAGCUGUUUAGCUCUGAAUGAUUUAUUGAGAGGAAGACCCCUAGAUGACAUCAUUGAUAAACUUCCAGAAAUUUGGGAAACUCUCUUUAGAGUACAAGAUGAUAUAAAGGAAUCUGUACGAAAAGCAGCAGAACUGGCUCUGAAAACGCUGAGCAAGGUUUGUGUGAAAAUGUGUGACCCUGCCAAAGGAGCAGCUGGCCAGAGAACCAUUGCUGUCCUUCUGCCCUGCCUUCUGGACAAAGGAGUGAUGAGUCCUGUGACAGAAGUUCGAGCCCUCAGCAUUAACACCCUCGUGAAGAUCAGCAAAAGUGCAGGAGCCAUGUUGAAACCACAUGCACCAAAACUCAUCCCAGCUCUGCUAGAAUCCUUAAGUGUGUUGGAGCCUCAAGUUCUCAAUUAUUUGAGUCUCCGGGCUACAGACCAAGAAAAGGCUGCGAUGGAUAGUGCCCGACUCAGUGCUGCCAAAUCCUCUCCCAUGAUGGAAACAAUCAACAUGUGCCUGCAAUAUCUUGAUGUGUCGGUGCUGGGUGAGCUAGUUCCUAGGUUAUGUGAACUGAUCAGAAGUGGUGUAGGUCUUGGAACUAAGGGAGGCUGUGCCAGUGUCAUUGUGUCAUUAACCACUCAGUGUCCCCAGGACCUAACACCUUACUCAGGUAAACUCAUGAGUGCUUUGCUUAGCGGCCUGACAGAUCGGAACGGUGUAAUUCAGAAAUCCUGUGCAUUUGCCAUGGGCCAUUUAGUUCGGACGUCACGGGAUAGCAGCACAGAGAAACUCCUGCAGAAACUCAAUGGCUGGUAUAUGGAGAAAGAAGAACCCAUCUACAAGACCUCUUGUGCUCUGACUAUUCAUGCUAUUGGACGGUACAGCCCUGAUGUACUGAAGAACCAUGCCAAAGAAGUUCUACCUUUGGCAUUCCUAGGCAUGCAUGAAAUUGCUGAUGAGGAGAAAGCAGAAAAAGAAGAAUGUAAUUUAUGGACUGAAGUAUGGCAGGAAAAUGUACCUGGUUCCUUUGGUGGCAUUCGGUUAUACCUGCAGGAGUUGAUUACUAUCACCCAGAAGGCUUUACAGUCUCAGUCCUGGAAAAUGAAAGCCCAGGGUGCAAUUGCCAUGGCAUCAAUUGCAAAACAAACCAGCUCCCUGGUACCUCCGUAUCUGGGAAUGAUACUGACCGCAUUACUGCAAGGCCUAGCUGGACGAACAUGGGCAGGAAAGGAAGAACUGUUGAAAGCCAUUGCCUGUGUGGUGACAACUUGCAGUGCAGAGCUGGAGAAGCCUGUGCCCAGUCAACCUGGCACCAGUGAAAUCCUCCAGGCUGUUCUGAAGGAGUGUUGCAAAGAGAAUCCCAAAUACAAGAUUGCAGCAAUCAGCUGUGCAGGGGAUGUCUUAAAGGCCACCAAAGAAGACAGAUUCCAGGAGUUUGCUGACAUUGUCAUACCUCUCAUCAAGAAGAACUCACCUGAAAGCAUUGGAGUCCAGACAACCAAAAAUGAAGAUGAGAAUGAGAAGGAAAAGGAGCUCCAGCUGGAAUCUCUGCUGGGAGCCUUUGAGGGCCUGGGCAAAGCCUGGCCCCGAAAUGUGGAGACCCAACGUUGUUAUCGUCAAGAGCUUUGCAAACUGAUGUGUGAGCAGCUAAAACUCAGCACAUGGAAAGUGCAGCUGGGAGUCCUACAGUCAAUGAAUGCCUUUUUUCAGGGAUUAAUGCUUUUAGAAGAAGAACAUGCAGAUCCUGAGGCUCUGGCUGAAAUUCUCCUUGAAACUUGUAAAUCAAUCACAUAUUCUUUAGAAAAUAAGACCUACUCAUCUGUGAGAACAGAAGCUUUAUCUGUGAUAGAAUUGCUGCUUAAAAAACUUGAAGAAUCUAAACAGUGGGAAAGUUUGACAUCUGAAUGCAGAGUGCUCCUGAUUGAGUCUUUAGCAACUAUGGAGACAGACAGCAGACCUGAGCUGCAGGAGAGAGCAUCGUUACUGAAGAAAACACUUGAAAAUCUGGAAUAAAUUAGAAGGGGAAGAAACAAACAAGUGCCAUGUUCAUUGGGGGUUGAAAUGGUGGUGUUCUUUGUGGGGAAAAGUAAAGAUUAAUCUGUAGCAUGCAUCAUUCCUUGGCUGAAAUAAAAAAAAAAUGCCUUAAAUUUUGUUCCUUAUUAGCUUUAUUUUACUUGAUGUUUUAAAAGUAUCUGGGCUGAAUAAGCUAAAUGGAACCUUGGAUAUUUGAGAGGUGGUUGUAGAUGAAACUGACAGAAAGAGCUGUUGAAAGAGUUAAAGCUGUUACUAAAGGAAUAGACAAAGUUGCAGAGGAAGCUGCAUAAAAACCUUAGAACUGCAUCCAAAUUUUAAAAAGUUAUUUCAGGAAGGGGCUGUAUCAACUACUUAGUUUAACCCCCUUCUUUACACCUGAAGAAACAGGUUAUGAGAUGACGUAGCUUCCUUUCGGAGGCCUGUGCCGAGGCUGGAACCUGUGUGAUGGAUGACCUGCCCAGGACACUUGCUUUUACAACCUGCUGCUAAUCAGUGCUAACCCUGGCCUACCUGAGAAACUCCCAAGAUGAGAUGGUACAGCAGUCCUGGCACCAGAACUGAACUGACCCAUUAUGUAAACAACACUGGAUUCUUGAAAUUCAGAAGUUGAACAUUGUCUUGUCAUUUGUUUAUAGAUGAUUGGUUUUUAGAAAAUGAUUAUCUACCAACCUUACAGGUUGAGAGGGAGGGAAAAUUUGGUCUCCAUGUAAUCGUCCUCCUUUUAUAAGCAGAUGAAGGUAGAUUAGGACAAGAUUGUUCAUUUUGUCUGUUAUGUAUUUUGCAAAACACAAACCAACAACGAAAUAGUGACUGCUUGGUUUAGACCAUUUAUAAUCUCAAAACUGUAAAGACAAAAAUUUUCUACCCACUUUUAUGCUAACAGUCACAACUAUGGGAUAGAAAGGAAAGCAUUUUAAUUAGCCAUCUGGGAAUAACCUGAUACCAUUCAAAGUAAAUAAUUGCAGCUAGGGUUUCUGCCUUUCCUUAUGCUGCUCAGGCCCCUGCCUAAGGAUGGUAGGGUAAGGGGAAAAAACAAAUUUAACAUAAGUGUUUAUUAAAGUAAAGGGAGAACUCUAGCUCACCUUGGAUUCCAAGCACAAAAUUGGUUUACACUCAAUACUGACCCCUUACUGACGUUAACACCAGGGUGGAAACUCCGUGUUAUUAUUUUCUGUGGUCUCUAUUAACCAAAGUAUUUAAAAUUUUCUUGACUGUGACCCAUAGUUAAAACUAACUUUUUUC